GCAUAGUCAGUUUCAUUCCGAGCACGGUCAGAUAAACAUGUAUGUUCUGUGAGUGGAAGAAUCAUCGCGAUAAUAAUUUGUUUUUGUGAAUACUGUAACUAAUUUCAUCGAGAUAACGGUGGUAUAAUCGUGUUGCGUUGUUAAUUUGUGAUAUUUUAGCUAUUCGCCGGGAUUUUAUUGCAUAAGGAAGGGCUCACUUCAUACUGGUGGGUCUGCUGUGAAAAUAAAGCUGUAAGUGAAGGCCGUAGAACGUAAGCGAAAAAAUCGGAAGAAAGAGCUCCAGCAAUAUUUCGGUAUCGCAGAUUUGGAAUAUUAAGUGCUAGUGUAAAGAAAUGCAGUUUAAAAUUUUUCUGUGCUGCAUUUUAUUUUUACUUUUGGUGCAAAUUAGUGCUGGUUGACGAACCGAAAGCGUUUUUCCGUUCUCUUUUGUUGUUCAGCAUUGGUAAAGAGCAUCAUCACCAACAACAGCAGCAAGCAGCAGCCGAGGGGUCAAAACGACUACCAGAAAUAAAGCAGAUAAAAAGCACUCUCGCAGCAGAGGCGAAGAAGGAAAAUGUCGUCUUGUUUUGAAAAGUGAUUCAGCCCUACCUCGCAAUAUAGAGAAAGUGUACCGAGGCGAAAAAAGUAAAAUUUGUGAAUAAGUGUUAAUUUGUCAUUGUUUGUGCAACAUAGUUUCGUUCAAAAGUGGAAUAAUCUGUUUGUAAUAAGAAAAUUGGAUUCGCCAACGCAAAUUGCAACUUGCAUUCAAUCAGACGGAUUGAAAGUAUUCUCAAAGGCUACAAGGAAAAUCUGAGUUCAAUCAUCCAUCGAAUCAAAACAUAAAGCAGCAAGGGAAUUUGGUGUCCAAGUGCUAGAAGAAUACGCGGAUAUCGAUUGUUUCGCGAGUGCUGCUUUGAGCUGGGUUUGAGAAAUACCGAGUUUUCAUUGGAUAUCCUGAUAUUCGAAGUGGAGCACACUCUGGUUGUGGUGGCCAGGGGCUCGCGACAAAAUUCAGAAUCAUAGGAUCACUGGAGGAAAAAAACGUCGUCGUCAUUACGGAGACCAACGGAACGGCGAACGUCGUCGUCGACAGUAUGGUGAAACGCACCGACGGCACUGAGUCUCCUAUAAUAACGGAGAGUGAUGCAGACACAGAUAAACCUCGAGUAAAAUACGGCGAACUAGUGAUAUUAGGAUAUAAUGGCUUUCUACCACAAGGGGACCGUGGACGCCGACGAUCCAAAUUUGUGCUAUACAAACGUGGUGAUCCAAACGGCGUCAAACGGUCAAAACACUACAUCGUACAAUCACCUCAGACAUCACAGGCAAUACUCGACGCGAAACAGCACUCCAUAUCGUACACAUUGUCGCGAAAUCAGGCGGUCAUCGUAGAGUACAAAGAAGAUCCAGAUACGGAUAUGUUUCAGGUUGGCCGGUCGUCAGAGUCACCGAUAGAUUUUGUGGUAAUGGACACCUUGCCCGGUGAUAAAAAAGAUGCAAAAGUCCUGCAGAGUACCAUAUCGAGAUUCGCUUGUCGAAUCCUGGUGGAUCGAAGUGAUGGUCACAAAGCAAGAAUCUACGCCGCGGGAUUUGACUCAAGCAGAAAUAUUUUUCUAGGGGAAAAAGCAACCAAAUGGCAGGACAAUGUUGAAAUCGAUGGCCUCACGACGAACGGAGUACUUAUCAUGCAUCCCAAAGGACAGUUUUGUGGAGGAUCCGCCGAGUGUGGUUUAUGGCGCGAAACCUCCGUAGGAGGUGAUGUGUUUAGUCUACGAGAAUGUAGAUCGGCGCAACAAAAAGGUCAACCUGUGUAUGAAGAAACUAACGCUCUGCAAGAUGGCACAUUGAUAGAUCUUUGCGGUGCAACAUUGUUAUGGCGAUCUGCAGAAGGAUUAAGGCAUUCUCCAACAAAGAAAGAUCUAGAAAAACUGGUAGACGAAAUCAACGCAGGGCGUCCGCAGUGUCCAGUAGGCCUAAAUACUUUAGUGAUUCCUAGAAAAGUGUCAUUGGGAGAGCACGUUAAUCAGCCUUAUGUGUAUUUAAAUUGUGGCCAUGUGCAAGGUCAGCACGGCUGGGGUCAAGACAAAGCCUCUAACGCCCGUCGAUGUCCUAUGUGCUUGGAGCUUGGUCCCGUAGUGACAUUAUGCAUGGGAGUAGAAAACGCAUUCUAUGUAGAUUCCGGACCACCGACCUACUGCUUUAAUCCUUGCGGUCAUAUGGCAACAGAGAAAACUGUCAAAUAUUGGGCUAAUGUAGACAUACCUCACGGCACAAACGGCUUCCAAGCGGUAUGUCCAUUUUGCGCCACGCCUCUACAAGGAUCUCCGGGCUACAUAAAACUUAUUUUCCAAGAUAACUUAGAUUAACUUGCGUUCCAAAUAUUCCUUUAACUUACCCAUCCCUCCCCCUUGUCACAUUGAAAUCCCCUUUCCUCAAACAAUUCACACACUAAAGUCGAAUAAUAUACAAAACGAGCAACUGAUUCGCGUAUAGUUUCUGAUAAUGUAAUUGUUAGUAUAUUUUUAAUCAAUUUAUUUUUAAAAUAAUUAUGGAAACCAAUCGAAAAAAAGAAACAAAUUGAGCAAAAAUAAUAAUUUUGAACUAAUGUCUCAAUUGAAACACUGUAAGACCACAUCAGUUGUGAGUGCGAUGGAAUAGACACAAUAAUCACGCUUGCGCUAAGUUACUAUGUACAAUGGCUAUAGCCAACGUGAAAAAAACGUAUUGGCUAUCACCAAGUGAGUUGUUAUCAAAAAAAUGUGAAGGCAGAAAGACGUGCGGUCUUGUAACUGAGUUCGUUGUUCACUAUUGUUCUAGGAUCUAAACACACAAAGAUACAGUCACAACAACAACAACAAAAAUCAGGAGUCGCAUAUUCUCCUUUCGCUAUAAACUAAAAUUUGAAAAAUCAGAAGUUUCUCGCAGAUCAGCAGCAUAACAGUUAUGCCUUUAGAAAAAAGAAAACGAACGUUGAUCGUUUGUUGGCGAAAAAAUAAGUUGAUUGUGAGUUGCAUUUCACUUGAGUAAAUAAUUGGUGAUCAUAGCUUUCUUGUUUGAAAUAGUGGAAGUAAUGUGCAUUUUAAGUAAUGUUGAAUGACUUUUUUUAAGUAUUUUCUGACGUUUGGCCAAGUACUGUCUAAGUAAUGUUUUCGUUCGAUUUCAUGUAUUUCCAAAAUUAGGAACGAUUUUGAAUAGAGUGUAGAGAAAAGUCUAUGUUUAAACGCGCAUCUUAUUUAAAUCAAUAUUGUGUAUAAAGUAUAUUAAGUAUAAAAAGUCUUAGCAAAAAAGCGUGUGUGUGAUGUAAGGAUAA